AUAUGAUCGUUGUGCAAACCAAUCAGAUGAUGGAUGAAGCAAUAUGGCAUACUAACCUAUAAAAUACGCUCAAAAUGCUCAGUUUUCGAUACGUAUAACUUUUGAAUCGUUAGAUUCCUAGAAACUUAAGACUUGUAUUUUUGGAUAGAGAUAUAAAUUUGGAUGAGAAAUAAAAAAGACAAUAAUUUAAAUGUCCGACAAACUACAGUUAAACCAUUUUCAAACUCAAUUUUCUCGAUAACGAAGCCUAAGAUGAAAGAUGUUAUACUAAAUUUUCUUUUAUUUUUUCAUGUACAAUAAUCCCAUCCAGUUUUACUACAAUUUCCACUCUAUCCUGUGCAAAUAGGUCUCUACACUCGCUAGAGAAAACUGCCCAAAAAUUGAGUUGUGAAAAAUCAACAUGGAAUACAUGAAGGGUCUUGUUCUGCAAGACAGACAGAAAUGAGUAGAGUAUCUCUGCCUCAGUCUGAAACAUUCACAGCACGUCACGCAUGUGCAGAACGAGAACCUUCAUGUCUUCCAUAUUGAUUUUUUAUGACUCAAUUUUCGAACGGUUCCUUGUAUGUUUAUGAUAUAGAAGUGUUCAGACUUGCUUAUUAUGACCCUGGGGUGACCCUGAGUAUACGCUAUAUAACUAACUUCAUUUUAUUAUUAAACCAUAGACCAUAACCAUGUUAUAUAACUUAAAGUAUUUAAAAAAAACAAAUAUAUUUAUUUAUAUUCAUUCAUAUUCUCUCAUAAUAUAAUAUAAUAUAAUAUAAGUGUACCAUAUUAAAUACAACGACAGAUAUAUAAUAUUUUCCCAAUUUUUGCGUUGAGAUAGUAAUGCUUACUUCCAUUGAAAGGAUAUAACAUUUUUUUUAUUAUUAAAUAAAAUGUUUCUAAUAAAAUCUGUAUUAGUUUAUACGAUAUUUUUUUUAUUUUUAAUGUUAAUUCUCUUACUCUACAUACUUGGAGCUGCUCUUUACAUUGCCGAUUUUGAAGACAAUACUUGUGAUAUGACAUAUAUGUUUGAAUACCCACAGUAUGUGAGAAUCUCUCUGGAUAAUGAGAUACAAGAACAAUAUCCAAGAUAUAGAUUAUACGCCUAUGGAGAAGGUUUUGUUACCGAGAAGCUUAGAAGGAUGUACUUCUCAGGAAUACCAGUACUUUUUAUACCUGGCAGUGCUGGAUCUCAUGAGCAAGUAAGAUCCCUUGCUUCUGUCAGUUUGAGGAAAAGCUUAAAAGAUAGGACUCCAUUUCAUUUUGAUUAUUUUACUAUUUCAUUUGGCAAUGAUUAUUCUGCUUUAUACGGAGGUGUAUUAAUGGAAGAGACAGUAUAUGUUUCACACUGUAUACAAAAAAUAUUGAGUUUAUACAAAACUAACAUAGAUAAUAUUGUGCUCAUAGGACAUUCAAUGGGAGGUAUUAUAGCUAAAGGUUCUAUUGUAAUGACACCAAAUGUAAACGCUAGUGUUGCAAGCAUUAUUAUUGCUUUAGCUACUCCUCAUACAGCUACUUUGAUAUUAGACCACACUUUUGCCAAUUAUUACCAGAAUCUAGAAAAACGCUUAAGUGAAAUAAAAGAUGCAGGAACAAGUGUAGUAUCAAUAGGAGGUGGACCACGAGAUAUACUUAUAACUUCAGCUCAAAUCCUAGAUCCUACAGCAGAUAUUAAUGUUCUUUCUAAUACUAUGCCAGAUGUUUGGAAAUCUACAGAUCAUUUGAGUAUUCUGUGGUGUAAACAAUUAGUACUGUCUGUUGUACAUUCAUUAUUUGAUUCUGUUAAUUAUACACAAAAACCACCUAAAAUUUUUUCUACAGCUAAAGAAAGAAUGCAAGCAUUAUCGUAUCACUUUUAUCACCGUGCUUCUGGAAAAAGAUUAUAUUCUUAUAAAGAAAUAAUACAAUUUGAACCUAGCAAUGAAUGGAUAGAGAACAUUCAAAGGCAUUAUGUAUGGACCAACAAAGGCUUGCCUAAAAGAACAUCUCCUAUCUAUCUUAUGAUUAGAUUGAAUGGACAACCAAAUUAUUUAACUAUUGAUACCAUUAAUUUAGAAUCCAAAGAUUGGUUAUUUGCAUGUACAGCAUCCAAUAUACAAGGACAAUCAAGAGUUUGCAAUUGGGGUUGGAACCUGACAAACAGAACAAGAAUUUUACCAGAUCCUUUACAUCGCUUAAGAAAAACUGUUGAUUUAAAUUUUCAAGAUAUAAAAUACCCUGAUGUAACACAUAUUAUAAUAAGAAUUACACCGGACAGUUUAGAAAACUAUAUUACUAUAAAUGUUGAUUUAUAUUCUUACAAUACAAGACUUGUACCUAUUAGGAAUACUUUACCUCUACUAAAAAAUUUAUUUAUAAUACCUCAAUCCAAGAAGUCUGAUCUUGGACAUGUUAGAUACUAUGCCAAUUUUGAUAACGCCAUGGAUGUUGUAGCUGUUGAACUUAAAGCAUUUGAAUGUACAGAUCCAAAACAUCAUGCAAUAGUUGAAUUAUUAGAACCAUGGGGUAUUAUAGUUACACAAAUUCAAUUUUUUACGGUCGUGGAUAAUGGGCCGAAAUCGAUGAAAGUCCAGACUGGAUAUAAAUAUUCCAACGUUUUUCCAAAGUUAAGGAUAACUCUAGAUCCUGCAUGUUCUUACAUAAUUAAUAUUGAAGAAGGUGGAAUUAUAGAUCGAAUAUCUUGUAUCGUGAGGGAUCGCUGGUACCUGUUGUAUACAACGAUUAUUAGUCUACUUCUAUUGUUUUUAUCUACAAGAAUUAAUCAUGGUCUCAAACAAACUCCAAUAAUAGUAAUUACAAUAUACCUCUCAUAUUGUUAUAACUUAAUGUUUGAAUGUUUAGUUGCUUUAGCAAUUGUUUGCGUAUUUACCAUUGGACUAUGCUGUUCCAUUAUAUUUCUUGGUUCAGUAGCUCAUAGUAUUGCUGUGAGAUUUCUAGCUCGCGCAAUAGCCUUUUCAACAACAUGGUCAGAUUGGCUGCUUGGUGGAUUGAGUCAGUUACCUUUUAUUACUGCAAUUCUUGUUUUAUCUUUAAUCCCGGUAACUUGUGGGGGUUUAUCUAUGCUAAUUUCAGUUUUUCUUUAUUUUUUAAAUUUGACAAAAAUCUAUGAAGAUUAUUUAGAAGAACUAUUAAUGGCUUCAUUACAACAUUUUAAUUGGAUACAACGAUUCAGAAAUACGAAAAAUGAUUCAGAAGAACAUGAUGAUACAAGAAAAAAAAUAUUCAAUCAUCUUAUUCUCUUCAUACUUUGGUGUUUUACUGCUAUUCCAGCUGUACCAUCCGUACUUGUAUGGGCAAAAAAUUUCAGUUAUGAUAUGAGACUUUCUUCUGAAGAUCCUUUGUUACUUCAAAGUUGGAUAGUUUUAGUAACAUGCAGUACAAUGGGAUGGGUGCGACUUCCUUCCAAUAAUUAUAAAAAUCGAUCUCAAAUACUAUCCAGUAUAUUAUGUUUCUUAGGUUGGGUUGUACUUUUAAUGGGAGCAGCACCUCAUCCAGCUUUUUAUCAAUAUUAUAUACCACCUAUUGUAGCUGCAGCUAUUGCUAUUAUUGCAUUAAAUGUAAUUUUUCUUUAAAUUUGUUUUUAUUCAAUUAAUACUGCUUACUUGAAAAAGAAACAACAUACAUCAAUAUCAUACGCGUAUAAAUGUAAUAUAUUAUAUUUGUCCAUAAAAUCAUUUAUUUUUAGAGAAUGUAUAAUAUAAUAUACUUAACAGAAUGUAAUUUAAGAUAGUGU